AUGGCAGCCACAUGGGAAAAUGUGUUGCAAGGUUAUGAUGUGAAUCGUUUCGACGGUGAUGUUAGAGAAGAUCUGCUCUGUUCUGUUUGCCAUGAUGUGCCAAAGGACCCAAGGCUUUGCCAGAAUAGAGACCAUCUAUUUUGCUUUGAUCAUAUCUCACGACAUCUUCAUGAAAAUUCUCACACAUGCCCAGUGUGCAGAGAUCCUCUGACCCCCGAAACCCUGAGACGUCCUGAAGGAUUUUUGAAGAAUUAUUUAGAUGAUCUGAGAAUCAAGUGUGACCACGAUGAUCGAGGUUGCCCUGACAUUGUACGGCUUGAACAUCUUCAUAUUCAUGUCAAUCAAUGUGGAUUCGCACCUGUUAUGUGUGAGAAUGACGGAUGUGGGGUGAUUGUCAAUAAAAGAGAUCAAGAAAAUCAUGAAAAAAAUCUUUGCCAAUUUAGAAUCACCAAAUGUCAUGACUGUACAGACAUUAAAGCAAGUCAAAAUGAGAUAAAAGUUCAGAUUACACAAAUGGAGGAUCAAAUAAAGGUAACAUCAAACUUUAGUUUUCCCUUUUUCGGCGUAUAUGACUUAUAUGGCAAUCUUUAUAAACCGGUUAUAAAUUUUACAAGACUCCUAUUUAUGGUUAUUCAGUUAGAACAUUGACCGUAGUUCGUCCAAAUGUCAAAUAUGAUGAUUUUAGGCAUCUCACUCGAUAAUUAUAGAACUAACAGUUGUAGGGUUUUUGUCUCAGAGCCGACGGCGCGAAGCGCCGUGCGAAGGUACUAAUCCCCCGGCUAUUUACACCCGGGGAAACGAAACCUUUAGCGAAGUCUAAAGUUCACCAAUGAUCGCGGGCGUGGCCCACUGUGCGUAGGUGGUCAUCCUCACUGAUCUCAAAAAUAUGGCGCUGUCAUGAAUAGCGAACACUGUGAUUGGUCUUUCAUGAUUGGACAAAUAUGGCGCUGUCAUGAAUAGCGAACACUGUGAUUGGUCUUUCAUGAUUGGACAGUCAUGAAUAGCGAACACUGUGAUUGUUCCAAUUUAAAGUUUGCAUUAUAACGACUGCAUGACGACAGCGAUACGAAAUAGCAAAUAUUUCUUGAUUUGAUGAUUGAAUUUAAAGUUUGCAUUAUAACGACUGCAUGACGACAGCGAUACGAAAUAGCAAAUAUUUCUUGAUUUGAUGAUUGAUAAAUUUCUUGCAAAUAUAUUUCAUUUUUGCUCGCAUUUUUGCAAGAUUUUGUAAAUUUCAAGAAAGAAAGGACGAAAGAAUCGGCUAUACAGAAGGGAGCCGACGUUAACGAAAGUAAGUUUGUUUUAAAUAUUGAUUUUAUAAUUGCUUUAAAACCCGACGGCCUUUGCGUAUAUGAAACAACUAUAAAACAAGACAGCAUAUAAUUUCAGUGUAUCUUUAAUAUUGAUUCCUAAUAUUGAUAUCAUACCUAACAUACAUAUGUUGGGUAUGAUUAUUUUGUAAUUAAAAGUGAUAUUUUUAGGCGAUUUUUCAUUUGUAAGAAUAUUCUUAAAAAAUUAUCGUGUUACCAUGACAACUACUUUAGAUACCUCAUGUUCGGAAAAUUCAAUGAUUUUGUCAGCAAGGCGAGGGUUUCUGCAUGCAUGUAUUUUCUAGUAGAAUAGUAUAUAGUUCCAUUUUUCGCAUGCAGCUGCUUCUCGGUAGAUCUGAAAAAUUGUGACUGAUAUAUUCCGAUCGAAUUUCCGCCUUGAAAACCUCUUCAACUGUCAGAAUGUUAUACUGUGCACGAUAUCUGAGAUAAUAUUUUAACAUUAAUAUUAAUUGUAAUUCAGGAAUCCCAAGCAAGAAUAGAAGUUCGUGUCGAGGAAAUUAAAGUAAGGCAAGAUUUGUUAUUUAUUCUUAGUUUUGCAGUUUUGGAUAUCUAUUUGGGAAAAAAAUUAAAUACAAUAGAACCCCGCUUGAACUCUUAAAGGAAACGAAAAAUUGUUCGACUUAGUGGGGGUUCGCUUGAACGAGGGUGGUGCUUACUUCGUUUAUUAGGUUAAUAGUUAAAAAAGUUUUAAGCAGUUCGUUAUGUUAGUCAUAUCGUCUAAUUUUUCUUUCGACACACCUAAUUAAAUUUUAUUUCUAAUUGUAAAAUUGUUAAAAUCUGAUUAGAAACUAAGACACUCAAGGUAUGGCAUAAUAAUUAUGCCUAUUCUCGGAAAAGCCCUGGAACGCCAUUAAUGAAGCAGAUUGUACAACCUUGUCCAACACCGCAUCAAGAGAUCUCAACAUGGCUUGCUAAGAUUAUUUUGUGCGUUUGUUGGUGUUAUGUACUCAGGUGAAUAUGAUGUUUGUGAUGUUACUCUAAGUGUGCAUCCACACCGCCAGGCAAGCUGAAAAGUUAGCUUGGCCACGUUAAGUUCACGAUUAUGUGUUAUCCGACAUACCAAGAGAUAAUAUCAAUCCAACAUAUUCCACCGAAAGGAUAUGACUUGCCAGCUAAGCUAUGUCCCCUAAAUUAAUAUAUAUAUAUAUAUAUAUAUAUAUAUAUAUAUACAGGGUGUAUAAAAAUUCUCAAACUCAAAUUUUGUGGACCAGGGAGGUGUGUCUUUUCCAACAAAUUAAAAAUGGCUCGCGCACAAAAUUUAAAAGAUGUAAUCAUAUUUUGAGUUUAUAGAUGGAAACUUUGUCGGGUUUUUAAUUACUGUACAAAAUUUCAGACAAUUUGGUUUAGUUUAAGCCCUUUAACUAUUUAUAUUAUUCUAAUAAAUCAGCUUUUCGCAUGCUUAAUUAAUGCCUUUACCUAAUUUGCAUAUUGCUGACAUAUGCAAAUUAGGCAAAUGCAUUAAUUAAGCAUGCAAAUAGCUGAUUUUUAGGAAAAAUGUAAAUUUGCGUGAAUAGUUCAAGGGCUUAAACUAAAUCAAAUUGUCUGAAAUUUUGUACAGUAAUUAAAAUCUCGACAAAUCUUCCAUCUAUUAACUCAAAAUAUGAUUACAACUUUUAAAUUUUGUGCGCGAGCCAUUUUUACUUUGUUGGAAAAGACACCCCCCCUGGCUCACAAAAUUUGAGUUCAAGAAAUUUUUUUCAUUAUUCUACAUUAUAAGUACCCAGAAGCUAUAUAUAUAAAAAGCUAUAUAUAUAUAUAUAUAUAUAUAUAUAUAUAUAUAUAUAUAUAUAUAUAUAUAUAUAUAUAUAUAUAUAUAUAUAUAUAUAUAUAUACCAAAUAUGUAUUUAGAAUCAUAUAUGAGUAGAGUGCUCGAUAUACCGAAGUAUAGAGCUAAUAUAGAUAAAGAUAAAAUAAACCUGGUUUACUUCAUUUAGUGAAUAAAUCUUAUGAAGUAAACCAGGUUUAUUUUAUCUUUAUCUAUAUAUAUAUAUAUAUAUAUAUAUAUAUAUAUAUAUAUAUAUAUAUAUAUAUAUAUAUAUAUAUAUAUAUAUAUAUAUAUAAUUGAUGGUGACACUUUGCAUGCGUUCAUUUACUUGAUUUGCAUUUUAUCUUAAUUUUUUGUAUAAUACAAGAUAGGCCAACAAAUUUGCAAAAAAUUAAAAUUUCUGAUGUAUGUUAAUUGACACUAAUUUAGGAACAAGAUGACGAAAUCAAACAAUAUCAAGCCCAGACAAGAGAAGAAUUCAACGAAAUGAAAAAUAAAAUCGCAGGAAUUGAAAGAAAACAAGAUGAAAUGAAGGUAGGCAAAAUUAAUCCUUUCCGUAGUUGCACGAAAAUGAAUUUAAUAGUUGUGUAUGGUGUCCUAGGAGAGACAUCAACAUUUUUGUUUCAUUUUUAAAUUUAUUUGCAUUCAAUUUACAUUUAAUGUAUUUUUAUUUUUAAAAUUUAUCUUUUUCUUGUUUCUAUUUUGUUUUAAAUUAUUUUAAAACGUUUCAACUCAAUUGGUUUUAAUUUUAAAAUUAAUGAUGUCUCUUCUCGGACAUAACGAUUUAAAAAAAAAAUCCUCAUGUCCGAGAAGAGACAUUACGUCACAGAUUAAAUAUGACCAGAUGUGAAACUUAAUAGGACUUUGUCACAGAAUAAAGACAUACAGAAGGUCGACUCGAGUAACUGCUGCCACGCCAUAAUUCGUCAUGAAAAUACUGACGCCAUGGUCCUAGCCAGCGCGCUUAUGAGAGGCAUUCCCCCCUGGACUUCCGACAUUUUGAAUAUUAUCACGGGGGUGAAUGUUUCUCAAACGCGCACUGGCUAGGGCAUGGCGUCAGCAUUUUCAUGACGAAUUACGGUUACGCCAAAAUCAUUGGAAAAUCAUAGGAAAAACCAAAAAGUUGGGCAACUGUGUAGCCUAUUCUGUGACUUCGUGUCCUCAAAUUUCCCUAGAUGUACAUACACGUCAUGCUCAUGCCAUCAUGGCGAUCACAUUUGCUAGCAAAAUGGCGUCCUGAAAAACACGAACUUUUGCACUUUAUUGCGGCCUUUUUGGAUCGAAAUUUUUGGAUUAAACAAUCAAUGUUGAAUGUUGUUGAAAAGUGUUGAAAGCAUUUUUAAAAGCAAGACGUAUUACCAAAUGACAAAUUAUCACGCGAGCGACACUUGAUAGGAAGAUGGCGACCGUGGGACAACUUUUUACUGAAGUUACACAUCUGUUCUUUAUCUGUGAUUAUAUCUAUAUAGCUAAGUGCAUGAACUUGAUUUACCGCUGCCCACGAUUGUCAGAUGAGGCGCAUGCUCUCCCCAGUCUCUCUGCGGCAGUUAGGUCAAACUGAAAGCAUGGCGGACGAAGGCCUAGUGAGUUCAAGAAGAACCAGAAGAUUAUGGCAGCAAAGAGGACAAGAAAAAGAGAACGAAACAAACUUGGAAAGGGUAAAGACCGGCUCUCGUACCUGAAAAAUUAACAAUUCAGCGAUUAUCAGCUCAAGUUAAAGGAUCUUCCCAAAAGUAUGCCAGAAUGGGGCCUUUAGUGUGACUAUAUAUUGUUUGUGGAUAAAUCGUACAAAAAUUGUACCAUUAAGGCUAUGUUUACAUUGUAUCGGAUCAGUUUUUGUUUCGUUCGCGAAAAGUUACGGCCCGAGUGUAAACAGCUUCCGCCCCGCCCAUCUAUGCCGUCGUAUUUUCUUCUAUAUAUUAUUAGAAUAGUAAGUUGUUGUUUGCCAGAUUCCAUCCGAGUCACGCAUUGAACCGAAAUUGCUCCGAUUGGUGUUUACAUUACAAUGAGAGCGUUGCAAAAACCGAUCCGAUACACCGCGCACCACUUCGAAGAGCGAACCGCCGCACCACCGAUACACCGCGCACCACUUCGAAGAGCGAACCGCCGCCCCACUGUUCGUUGCAGAAAUUGAGACGAUAACAACAUUUCAUAUGUAAACAGAAGCCCUAUCAGGUAUGAUUUUUGCGUCGGACGCAAAGUGAUCCGAUACAAUGUAAACAUAGCCUAAGAUUCUUUAAUUCGUUUAGAUUUUCGAUAGGUGGUCCUCGCUCAGUUUCUAGUAUAUUACAAUCAAACCCGUUCAUGUUGAAACCAGCAAUACAAGCCCUUCUCGCAACAUCAAUAGAUGGUGGUGCACACAUGUCGUCUUCCAAAACAUUUUAAAGGGUAAAAACAUUAAAAAACAUUGUACUCUUUUUAAAAGCCCCAUUCUGGCAUACUUUUGGGAAGAUCCUUUAACUUGAGCUGACAAUCGCUGAAUUGUUCAUUUUUCAGGUACGAGCCGGUCUUUACCCUUUCCAAGUUUGUUUCGUUCUGUUUUUCUUGUCCUCUUUGCCGCCAUAAUCUUCUGGUUCUUCUUGAACUCAUCUUCGUCCGCCAUGCUUUCAGUUUGACCUAACUGCCGCAGAGAGACUGGGUAGAGCAUGCGCCUCAUCUGACAAUCCUGGUCAGCGGUAAAUCACGUUAAUGCACUGAGCUAUAUAGAUAUAAUCACAGAUUAAUGAGAGAUGUGUAACUUCAGUAAAAAGUUGUCCCACAGUCGCCAUCUUCCUAUCAAGUGUCGUUCGCGUGAUAAUUUGUCAUUUGGUAAUACGUCUUGCUUUCAAAAAUACUUUCAACACCUUUUCAACAACUUUAAUUGCUUUCAACAACUUUAAACAUUUAACAUUGAUUGUUUAAUCCAAAAAGUUCGAUCCAAAAAGGCCGCAAUAAAGUGCAAAAGUUCGUGUUUUUCAGGACGCCAUUUUGCUAGCAAAUGUGAUGGCAUGAGCAUGACGUGUAUGUACAUCUAGGGAAAUUCGAGGACACAAAGUCACAGAAUAGGCUACACAGUUGCCCAACUUUUUGGUUUUUCCUAUGAUUUUCCAAUGAUUUUGGCGUAACCGUAAUUCGUCAUGAAAAUGCUGACGCCAUGCCCUAGCCAGUGCGCGUUUGAGAAGCAUUCACCCCCCUGAUAAUAUUCAAAAUGGCGGAAGUCCAGGGGGGAAUGCCUCUCAUAAGCGCGCUGGCUAGGACCAUGGCGUCAGUAUUUUCAUGACGAAUUAUGGCGUGGCAGCAGUUACUCGAGUCGACCUUCUGUAUGUCUUUAUUCUGUGACAAAGUCCUAUUAAGUUUCACAUCUGGUCAUAUUUAAUCUGUGACGUAAUGUCUCUUCUCGGACAUGAGGAUUUUUUUUUUAAAUCGUCAUGUCCGAGAAGAGACAUCAUUAAUUUUAAAAUUAAAACCAAUUGAGUUGAAACGUUUUAAAAUAAUUUAAAACAAAAUAGAAACAAGAAAAAGAUAAAUUUUAAAAAUAAAAAUACAUUAAAUGUAAAAUGAAUGCAAAUAAAUUUAAAAAUGAAACAAAAAUGUUGAUGUCUCUCCUAGGACACCAUAGUUGUGAAAAAAAAUGUCUACGUAUUCUAGAUCUCGGCAGUUCCGCGGCAAUUAUAUAUUAUUCCAUUCAACGAUGAUUUGAAAUGUAUAUAAAACACAAAUAGGUUAAUUUCAAACCCAGCUAGAAUUUUGAAUAUGCAUUUAGUUGUUGCCAGUGACCUUGAUAUUCUGUUAGUAUAAUCUGCAUAGACCUUAUUCAUAAAUCGCAAUCGGGUCCUCAUACUUUAUCACAGGAAACGGUAAUAAACGCAGGAAAAUUUGCAAAAUGUUUUCUGCUGUCCACUAUGGAAGUUUUUUUUUUGAGAAUAUUACUACUUUUUUCGAAAAUAUUGUGUAUAAAACUGAGCUUAAAAGUUUGAAAUAAUACACUUCUUAGAAAAUAUAUAUAUGUUAUUUACCGGCUGGGAGGUCCGUACUGAAGAAUGUUUUCCCGAGGUCCCAGAAGCGGCCCGAGACUGAAGGUCGAGCGACGCUUCUGAGACCGAAGGAAAGUAUUCUUCAAGUAUAUGAACCGACCUCAACGGUAAAUAACGUAUUUAUUUUUUUGCCCGAUGCUUAAUUAAAUUCUUAAAAACUCCAGUGUUGCGAAAUAGAUUUGAGAUCAGUUGUGUUUACUAGCCUACUUUAAUUCAGUGCUUUAUCCAAGCUUGGCUGAUAUCUUGCUAAAACGACACGAUAAAAAGCCUUUAUUUUUGAUGCAAUAUAGAUGCGUACUUUUCUACUCAACAAAAGAAUAAAAAGGUAAAGCGAUAAAAAAUAUUUAUUUUCCUAAAAACAUGCUUCAAAAAUGUUCUUUCGACACGCAGCAACAAAUUGUACUUGCCGAAAACAUUGUGUUCAUGACAACAUUUAUAAAAAUAUAUGACUGAAACAUUUAGCACUGUCAUUUCGAUACCUAUAUGUCAAAGAAAGACUUGUUUUUUUUCUAUUUAGGUCGGAAAACAAGAACAUUUCGGGCUUGACACUAAAUCUAUUGAAUCAGUUCACCUUAUUUUUCUAUCUUUAGUAAUUAGUAUCGAUAGGGAGGAUUUUUAAACUUUUGGAUAACUUUUUCGUUUUGAAAAUUGUCUUCACUCCUCGGUUUGUUUUGGCGCGAAACGUGAGAGGUCCGUAACGUGUGUGAGAGGUCCGUAACGUGUAAUACGGACCUCUCGUAAACCAACCAGAAGGCUCCAUUUACAUUACGGACCUGGGAUUACGGACCGGAAAAAAAAAUAAAACGCCAUAAUUAACGUAAAAGGUGCUGGGGGUCAAUCGGAAAAGGAAACCUUUUUAUUUUUUCCGGUCCGUACUCCCAUGUUCGUAAUGUAAAUGGAGCCUUUUGAUUGGUUGACGAGAGGUCCGUAUAACACGAUACGGACCUCUCACACACGUUACGGAUCUCUCACGUUACGGACCUCUCAUCGAGGAGUGAAGACCGCAUGAUUUUCAAACUCAAAAAACAAUUCGAAAUAAGCUGAAAAGCCCUCCCUAUCGAUACUAAAGAUGGAAGAAAUAAGCUGAAAUGACCUCAAUGGAUUUCGUGUCAAACCCAAAAUGUACUUUUUUCGACCUAGAUGCGCAAAAACAAAUAUUUCCUUGACGUAUACAAGUAUCGAAAAAUCAGUGCCAAAUGUUUAAUGUCAAAAACUCAGCAUAUAUUCAGCUAAAUUUCGAAAAAUGCAGAUUAAAAUACAAAUACUGGAACCAAGGACUUAUUCUAAAACAUACAAAUUUAAAAAAAAUACCUUCAAACAUGACUUCUAGUCCCAUUUCAGUCAUAUAAUUAUUCUUUUAUAAAUGCUGUCAUUGUUGUCGAUCGGCAUGUACAAUUUGUUGCUCCGUGUCGAAAGAACAUUUUCGAAGCAUGUUAUUACGCUAAAAAUAUAAAAAAAUAAAUAGUUUACAUUUUCAUUGUCUUGAUUAGUAGAAUAACAUCUAUUGCAUAAAAAUUAAAGACUUUUUAUCGUGUCGUUCUAGCAAUAUGUCAGCCAUGCUUGCGACAAAAGUAUUUUUAAUUAAAAUAAACAUGACGUCAAAUCCAGUUCGCCACACUGGAGUUUUUUUAGGAAUUUAAUUUAGCAUCGUGCAAAAAAAUAAGUUAUUUAUUAGAUAAUUACUGCGGUCAACGGCAUUAUUGGAUAUAUUGCAGCCACCUUGGGCCUCCGCUGGCUGCAAUAUAUCCAAUAAUGCCAGUUGGCCUCAGUAAUUAUCUAUUAUAAUUACUGACCCGAAUCAAAAGUACUUGAUUAUUUUCGGCUGGAAGACUACGUUGCUGCUUGUUGGGAUCGUAUGACAAUGAAUCUAUCCAACGUUACACUAGACAUUUGUGAGGACAUGCAUAUAGACAUAACCAUAGGCACUGUAGUGCAUCGUGAUAGAACAGAUUUCAGUUUAAUUAAUUGCCCUAAAUUAAAAUCUCCACAAGCGGAGGUCAAUUAUAGUGUUCUAGUUUACAUAUUAGAGAAGUUAAGAUACCCCGGUUUACGGGUACGAGUGAUAUACACGUACCCGUAAAUCGAGGAGCGACUUGUCACUUAAGAAAUCCAAGAUAUUCCAGCCUGAGAAAACCGAUCAGAAAAUGGCAACUUUCGAUGUUGAGGUUCUUCAUUGAUUGUUGAAAACUUUGACAAGUAUAUGUGCUGUAUUUAAUUGGGUAAGAUAUUGAAAAUUUGUACUAUUUGAACGGCCCACAAAUAGUAAACAGAAAACACCCGUGCCCGUCUGUCUUUACGUGUAGACAACGGUUUACCGCGGGGAAACGGCUUGAAAUUACGGGUAAAAAUGCUGACAUCAGCAAAAAUUGGUAAACAAAAUGGCGAUACUCGUACCCGUAAACCGGAACCGUGGUAUCUUAACCUGUCUAUUAUCAUUAAUGAUAAGGUUAAAGAUUAUCAUUAUAUAUAUAUAUAUAUAUAUAUAUAUAUAUAUAUAUAUAUAUAUAUAUAUAUUAUCAUAUAUAUAUAUAUUAUCAUAUAUAUUAUCAUAUAUAUUAUCAUUAAUGAUAAGGUUAAGAGCGCAUUACACUGGAUAAACACGGGCAUAGAACUUAUGGUGUGUUUUGCACAUGCAUAUAUCUAGGAUAAAAUCACACAAGCGCAAACGAAAGUAUUUCUCAGUAAAAUUGAACUGAAAUGAUUCACAGUGACCGUUUUUGGCAGUGCUUCAGGCACCCAAUGAUACUGUAUGAGGGACCUUUAGCACUGUCACCUUCUCAUCUUCAGAUGUUAAUGUUCACGUUAUCGCGUGUACAUGUCAACGAAGAUGCAUUAUUGCUAAUAAUACCAUAGUUGCCUCGAAAUUCUUUGUCUCGCGAGGUACGAUUAAUCACUAAUUUACCUCAGUCAUUACUAAAACAUGGAGUAAAAUUAGAACUAAUUUUACCACGGGCUAAUUUACCUCAGUCAUUACUAAAACAUGGAGUAAAAUUAGAACUAAUUUUAGCCCGUGGUAAAAUUAGUUCUAAUUUUUCCCUGCAUGCUUGAUGAGGGAAAUUUAGAAGACAAAAGCGUACCACCUCAUAACCUCUGAUUGGAGAGCUGUACCUCAUCGAAAAUCAUCGGCACAACUAUGGACAGUAUCUGACGGCACCGUCCCGUACACAUUCGAACAAUCACUUUGCCAGCUUUUAUUCCCUAAUCUUGAACAUUACAAUUGUGGGAGGCAUGGAGAUGUGUUUCUGCGCGUGCAUAUAUAUGAAAAGUGUUCGUACCACAAUCAUAAGACAAUCAAAAAGCAUUCAAAACAGGCAACGCACCACGCGCGGAUUCCCUCGGCAACUACGGUAUUACAACGUAAUAGCAUGGCAUUACGGUCGAUUAGUGAUGAAAUGUCCCUCAAUUCAAGCCUCGAGAGGUUUAGUAAAAGUCCCGAGGCGCGUACUAAACCUCUCUCGGCUUUCGGGCACAUUUAAUCACUAAUCGCCCUGAAUGCCAUGCUAUUACUUAUAAUAAUGUCUGUGUGCACUGAUCACGAUGCAUUAUUUUAAAUAAUGCUGUGUGCACGCUGCAUCAUUUUUAAUAAUGCUGUGUGCACGCUGUAUUAUUUUUAAUAAUGCUGUGUGCUAUUUUAGCCCCUAUAAGCAUUUAAUAAUUACUAACACCCUCAUCAAACCUAUUGUUUCCCCCUGCAUUAUAUCAGCGAAUGUCGAGACGUUUUAACGUUCUUCUGAAAAACGGGAGCGGUCUUUUUGAUUGUAGGGAAAUUCCCAGGGGUAAAUGUUUAUUCGGGCUAUAAUAGCACACAGCAUUAUUUUUAAUAAUGCAGCGAGCAUACAGCAUUAUUUUUAAUAAUGCAGCGUGCACACAGCAUUAUUAAAAAUAAUGCAGCGUGCACACAGCAUUAUUUUUAAUAAUGCAGCGUGCAUCAGUGCACCCAGACAUAAUUAGCAAUAAUGCAUCUUCGUCACCCUGACAUGUACACACGAUAACGUGAACAUCUCAAGAUGAGAAGUUGACAGUGCUAAAGGCCCCUCAUACAAUAUCAUCGGGCGCCUGAAGCACUGCCAAAAACGGUCCCUGUGAGUCCUUUCAGUUCAACUUUAGUAAAGAAAUAGUUUCGUUUGCACUUGUGGGAUUUUAUCCUAGAUAUAGGCAUGUGAGAACACACCAUAAGUUCUAUUCCCCGUGUUUAUCCAGUUUAAUAAGCUCUUUGAAUUAACUUUAUCAUUAAUGAUAAUACAUAAACUAUAGACUAUAAUUGACCUCCGCUUGUGGAGAUUUUAAUUUAGGGCGAUUAAUUAAACUGAAAUCUGUUCUAUCACGAUGCAUUACAUGCAUGUCCUCACAAAUGUCUAUUGUAACGUUGGAUAGGUUCAUUGUCAUACGUUCCCAACAAACAGCAACGUAGUCUUCCAGCCGAAAAUAAUUACUUUUGAUUCGGGUCAGUAAUUAUAAUAUUUAUAGAUAAUUACUUCGGCCAACUGGCAUUAUUGGAUAUAUUUCAGCCAGCUUCGGCCUUCGGCCUCAGCUGGCUGCAAUAUAUCCAAAAAUGGCGUUGGCCUCAGUAAUUAUCUAACAACCCUUGGGAAUUUCCCUACAAUCAAAAAAGACCGCUCCCGUUUUUCAGAAGAACGUUAAAACUUCUCGACAUUCGCUGGUAUAAUGCAGAGAGAAAACAAUAGGUUUGAUGAGGGUUAGCAAUUAUUUACCGUUAAGGUCGGCACGUACUUGUAAGAUAUUUUCCUUCUGUCUCAGAAGCGUCCCUCGACAUUCUGUCUCGGGCCGCUUCUGAGACCUCGGGAAAAUAUUUUCAGUACGGAACACCCAGCCGCUAAAUAACAUAUAUGUAUUGUUCAAGUUUGUAUGGCCAAAACAAACAACCAACAAGGCUACAAAACAUCUACAACUCCAAAACCGUAAUAAACAUGAAACUACGGUUGAAGAAAUAAGAUUAUAACUCACUCAGUUAAUGUAACCUUCAUUUUUGCUGCAAGAUGCUUGCAGUAUGUAAUCGAGCGACAUGCAUAGAUCAUAUUUUUCCAUGCGCACCAAUAACAUUUGAUGUUGUGUUGUGAUUUUGACCCCUUCUUUUCUUUCAUAAUAAUGUCUAAUUCCAAAAGCUAUACUUUCAUAUGUUACAAAGGCUUGCAAGUAAUUCUAGUUACUGUGUGUUUUGCUUAUUAUUGGCGUGGGGGGCUUAAGCCAUAUCGCUACAUGGUUAUAUGUUCUCAUUUUUCACACAAAAAACUGGAGAAACCGGUCGUUUUUAUAUUAUUCUCGUUUAUAGCCUUCGUUGUGCGUGUAUGUCCAAUAUAGCCAUCGGUUGUCACAGGUGGUGAAGAUUGUGUAAGAUGGUGUCAGAUGCUUUGUUUGUCAGAUGCUUGAGUGUAGUGUCGGAUGGUGUCGGAUGGUUCAGCUGAACAGCUGUUGUCAGGUGGUGAAAAUAGUGUCUGCUGGUGAAGAUGGUUUAAUGGGGGGGGGGGGUGUCUUAAUUUAACCUACUUGCAUAUAUAGUGUUCCCUCGUUUUUCAAAACCACGUAUAUAUCAACAAAACCUACAAGACCAACGACAAAAGCGUUAUGGCUAAUUGUGCAUAUAUAGUGUUGCCUUCCUUCUUUCAAAACCAGGUAUAUAUCAAUAAAACCUACAAGACCAACGACAAAUGCGUUAUCAUAGCUAAUUGUGCAUAUAUAGUGUUGCCUCGUUCUUUCAAAAACACGCUUCGUAUAUACUAAACUGCCGUAACAAACGCGUCAACGCAUUACUAUACAAUCUUGGACAACGUCAAAAAUUGUGUAUUUAUACUUUUCAUAUGUACACAUGCUUAUAUUCACUUUGACAUUUCAGGCAUUUCCGGGCAGCAAACUAUAAAUUAUAACAGUUAUAACAUGCACUAGCGGGAAAGUUAAUACAGGUUAUCUCAACUUCAUGGCUAUAACGCAGCCAUACAAUGUCAAUGAGAAAUACAUGCAUAAGCCAAUCAUGCAAUAAGUCUUGUCAAUAUUGUGUGCACUUUAUAUAACUGAAUGUAGCAAUUCAUUGCACAUACACAAUCUGACACACUUCGACCAUCAUACACCAUCUGUACCAUCUUCACCAUCUGACAACCCGUCCCUGUAUAACCACCCUACACCAUCAUACACAAUCUGACAACCAUCUGACACACUUCGACCAUCAUACAAUAUCAUACACCAUCUAACAACCAUCUGACACACUUCGACCAUCAUACACCAUCUGUACCAUCUUCACAAUCUGAAAACCCUUCCCUGUAUAACCACCCUACACCAUCAUACACCAUCUGACAACCAUCUGACACAGUUCGACCAUCAUACACCAUCAUAAACCAUCAUACACCACCAUACACCAUCUGACAACCAUCUGACACAUUUCGACCAUCAUACACCAUUUGUACCAUCUUCACCAUCUGACAACCCGUCCCUGUAUAACCACCCUACACCAUCGUACACCAUCUGACAACCAUCUGACACACUUCGACCAUCAUACACCAUCAUAUACCAUCUGACACACUUCGACCAUCAUACACCAUCUGUACCAUCUUCACCAUCUGACAACCCUUCCCUGAAUAACCACACUACACCAUCAUACACCAUCUGACAACCAUCUGACACACUUCGACCAUCAUACACCACCAUACACCAUCUUCACCGUCAGACAUCAGAUGCCUGUAUUGGACAAAACUCUCGUUGUGAGCAGAAAAUCUUAAAAUAUACAUAACAUCAUUAUAAAUUAUUUUGAAAUAAGCAACAAGAAAGAAGCCGUUAAAAUGGCGUCUGAACUUUGCUUGCCUUGCAGCUUUUGUUUGUUUUCAUGCGUUUAUUCCCGUUUUCUUUGAUACAAGGGCCCAAUUUCGAUUUAUGAAUAAGGUCCAUAAUUAUGAGUUUGACAUUCGUUGUUAAACGUUUGCAAAUGAAUUAGUUCAACUUCGAGUAGAUUAUUAUUAAUGAAUCGGCUGAAAUCGCAGCAAUUUGUCAUCAAAACUACGAGAGAUUCUCUGUAAACAAGUCAACAAAAUAUUUUAUUUUGAAUUCAGCAAAGCGUCGACACGAUUAGCCAGCAGUUUGAAAAAAUUGUGGUAAUGGUCAACCAAGCAUUUCAAGGGCGUACCUGUUCUAUAAACAACAAUGGUGCUCAAGCUAUCGAUCCAACAGUUCCAGACAACAACCAAGAGAUUAUUAUUCUUGGCGGUUUUUUUGGCCCAGAAGAUGACGCUGUAUCAAAUACAGCAGAGAAAUUCAACAUAAAAGGGGGAUCGACUCAGCUACCAAGUAUGAAUCUCUCGCGAACAGCGUCAGCGUCUUGCCUUUACAACGGCGAUGUCUUCAUCGUAGGAGGUCACGAUGGUCGUGCCGGCACAGACACAAUUGAGGUCUUGAAGAUGAGGCAGCAUCCUCUGCAAUGGAUGGAGUUGGAAGCUAAACUACCUGUCAAGUUGUCUGGGCAUGUCGCCAUAGUGUAUCAAGGGAAAUUAUGUCUCAUCGGUGGGUAUAAUUGGAAUGAAGGCAGAAUAUCUGAUGCCAUCUACGCAAUGACCCUUACCCCACCUUAUCUUUCCCAACUGCUGACAAGAAUGUCUCAGCCAAGAACGUUGCACAGAGCAGAAGUAGUUAAUGGCAAGCUAUUUAUCUUGGGAGGUUCAGCCACAUCGUAUAGUAAAGAUGCUGUUGACAGCGUUGAAGUUUUUGAUUUCAUCACAAAUGAGUGUGUCCCAUGCGCAUCCUUACCGAAACCUGUCUGUUUUAUGUCCACGGUCACUUGGGGUGGGAUGAUCAUCGUUGUUGGAGGUAUGAAUAAUAAUAAAGAGGUUUUAAAUGAUAUCAUCAUGUAUGACCCUCGCACAGGGCAAAGUCAAAUAUUACCUUCAAUGAAAUUCAAGAGGUGUGGUUCUUCAGCCGUAAUCAUGAAUAACCUUAUUGUUGUAUUGGGAGGAUGGAAUGGGGAUCAGGGGCAUCUCAACCUGGUAGAAAGUUUCGCAAUGGGUAGUGAUGUUUGGGAAGAACAGCAGGGAAUAACGGAAAUAAGGCAUCGGGCAACUGCUGUAGUGAAUCCUCAUAACUAGUUUUGAAGGUUUUACAAGAUACAUGUUAGAUACAUUUUACAUUUUUGAUGUUUUAAAUCGUGAGCAUAAAAAUUUAUAUUCUAUUAUUUUCCUUUUAAAACUAUAUUACCAAUAUAUUGUCCAAUGUAAACAAAAAUAUAAUUUUAGAAAUCUCAUGCAAACAGUGGUGGAGACAAUGGUGGAAGACUAUUAUUUGUGUGAUAAUUGAUUGAAUGAUACUUGAUAGAUGAUUAGGCGUUACAUGUACUUCAAAAUGGUGCUAAAUUUUUCUUUAAAAAUUCGACUAAAAUAUUCAUGUUUUGAAUGAAUCUGUGCCAGCCUACUAUUAUUCGUAUUAUGAAACCAUGAUGUGCCGCGAGUUAUAAGAAUAACUAUAACUCAUUAUUAUACAGUGUCGCACGUCGCCUGCAACCAGAAUGGCAGAAUAAGCCAACUUGCACUGCGCAUCCACAUUAUGCGUUCUGCGUCAGUGGAAAUUGAAGUUUAACUGUAACUUAAGAAAUGUUCAUUCACAACUGUUCAAUCAUAAUUUGAAUAUGGAAAAAGUUAGUUACCAAAUGUGUAACGUUAACUCGCUUUAAAUCAGCAAAAAAGAAUCCCUUAAGUGUAUGUAGCGUAGUUUCAUUUUUUAACACAGUAGACAAAAUAAUCUAACACAAGAAUAAUUUUAUGACAGUUCUAUUGUUGAAACACAAAUAAUUGAAUAUUGGCUAUAAUUGAAACACAAAUAAUGUUUGAACAGUUCAAUACUUUGACGUAAUAUAUCAAAUCCGACUAUAUAAGGAAUUUACCAGAUAUCCGGCCCGCGUAUUUAGUUCUUCGGAUUAAUAUGACAUCUCGUACGAAUAAGUCACAACUUAAAGUGAGGUAAAUUACUUUCGAUCAAGUCCGAGGACUGAAUUAAUUUUGACACAUUCCUAAGAAUGGACCAAUAUACUUCGCAAGGUAUCCAGUCUCAUCAUGUGAGAAAAACAAAAUAAUAUGUUUGGCUAAUUUAUUCAUGCAUUAUUAAUGAAUUUGAGAUACGCAUAUAAUUAUUUACCCCGUCAUGUGAAUGUGCAGUCGAGACUCCCAACUGGCUUCUUGCAUUUUAUGUUCCAAUCAUAUUUUCCACCACAAAUGACAAAUCAGACAUAGUUCAUUAAAAAUGUGAAUAUUUGGGUACAUUGUUUAACACACCUAACCAUUGGGCGGCUAAUGGUUACAGAAUGAUACCAGCUUCUUUACAAUUUAAAUAUCGAUUACAUAGCCUAACAAUGGAACUAAUUAAUUUAUAACAGUCAUAUAGCAACUUGAUCGUACAAUUAAAAUGUUGUCCUGUAAUGUUCUAAAUUUUUGUUGCUUAUGUUUAUUCAAUAGAUCCUAAGUUGAUCACGCUUUAUCAUCCAAUAUUAAUG